AUGGCCGCACCCACCUUGGCUGACCAUGAGGUCCUAGCGAGGAGCAGGGUCCAAGUGUCAGUGGAGAUCGUCGUCUUCCUCUCCACCAGUCAGAGAUGGGGUAGGUCCGAAUCUUACCCUGUCCAGGAUAGCGGGUCGGGCCGGGGUGGCAGCGAAAUCCACAAAGAUGAGGUGAUUGAGCAAUCCAACUAUGGGCAAUUGACUCACCGCCACCUCCCGGUAGGGUGCCUGAAAGUGAAGAUGGGACUACCAAAGAAGCGUGAAGGUGUUCGGUCGAUGUUGAGAAUGAUUACUGAUCGUUGGAUUUAG